UGAGAGUGUUGGAGUGUUAAUGCAGCGGUGUCGGGUUACUUUUGGGGGAGGAUCUAGAAUAGAAUUUUAGACUGUUUUUGUCUGUUGUCAUGGAGACGGAACAGAUUCUUCUUUAGCGAUGCUGCUCAUUUCUUCUUUGGGAAGUACAUUAUUCAGAUUUAGAAAAGCUUGGUGAAGACGAUGUCUGUGCCUGACACUCAGGUUUUUACACCUGGACCAGAAGAAGGACCUGAUGGGCAGGAUGCACUGUUUCUUGGUCCUCUGAUGAGUGAUAAGGUGCAGAAGGACGACCUGAUCAGGUUUAUCCAGGGGAAAUAUCAGGAAUGUUUGCAACACCUGGAUGACCCUGACCAACAGAAAUCCUAUUUCUUCUGGAUGAUUGUAGAGCACUUCUGUAAUGGGAAUGGAAGAGUAAUGAUGGCUGAAAUCGCCGUGCUUCUCUUCAAAGGCUACGGCUGUGUGAGGAGAAAGCUCGGCCGUGUUCAGAACCAGGAGGACUGGUGUCUUCCUCUGGCCAGGCUUUUGUGCUCCACUGCUACAGGAGAUGAGCACAGAAAAGCCAUUAUUAAAAUGGGAGACGAUUUAGGUUCCAGAGGACGGAUCUAUGCAUCACAUAUCUGCUACGUGGUGGCGCAAGUGGUGCUGGGAUCACGUAGACGAUUUCACAUUAUUGGAUAUGACUGGGUUAUUAACCAUCAUUCAGUGUCGAAGGAGGUGAUGGAGAGAACUGAGAUCUAUGAGUACGUGCUGUCUCUGACCUCAGGGAUCGGCCAGCCACAAUUCCAGGAGUUAAAGUACCUUUACGCCUGUGAUCUAGUUGAUGCUGGACUUUCUGCUCAGGCACUCGCUUACUGCGAGAGCAUCGCUAGAAACAUCUUCACGUUCCCUCGGCUCAUCAACAGCUAUGUUAUGGAACGGGUUAUAAUGCUCUCUUACAGGCUGCUCCAAGGGAUGGAAGAAGAAGAAGCAGAAUGGCUGCUAAAACUUUGCCGGCUGUACAGAGCAUUCAGUGCACAUUCUCACUUUUAUGGUGAUGUGAUGGAGUCCAUCUCAUGUAGUUAUGAGUCUCAGGAGUUCCAAGAGGAGUUAGAUUCACGCUACACUGUAGGAAAGCUGCUGGGGGAAGGUGACUGCACCACUGUCUACGCUGGAGUGCGUAAGGCAGAUGGGUUACAGGUUGCCAUGAAAUAUGUGUUCAAAGUGGAUGAAGACUUAUUGUACGGAGAGAAGCCUCGGGAGGUGGCGUUAAUGGAAAUGGUGUCCAAGCCACCUCGCUGUGAGAAUGUGGUGGAGCUCCUGGAAUGGAUCGAUAUGUCCACUUUUUUUAUCUUGGUGCUGGAGCGACCCGUUCACUGCAUGGACCUCCAGAAAUUCUGUGAAGGUAAGAAAGAUGGUCGGUUGUCUGAACGUCUGAGUCGAGCUAUCAUGUUGCAGGUGUUUCGAGCUGCUCAUCACUGCUUUAAACGGGGAGUUCUUCACGGCGACAUACACAACCAGAAUAUUCUGAUCAAUCCAGACACUCUGGAGGUGAAGUUGAUUGACUUUGGCUGUGGAGAGUUCCUGUCGGGCAACACCAACACGAUGUGUGAAGUUUCUCUCUGCUUUUAUUCAGGACUUACUUCUUACAUCUGGAAUCUGGGUGCACUCAUAGUUGAGAUGAUCACUGGAGACGUUUUCUUUUAUGAUGAGAAGCAUAUGACUAAGUGGUCAAUGUUAGUUUCUGAAGAGUGCUGCCAUCUGAUAUCAUGGUGCCUGAAAAACCCUCAUAAUCAGCCAACUUUCGAGGAAAUCCUGAGCCACAAGUGGUUUACUAUGGAACUUCAGGACACGGAACAGGAAAGUACUUGAAUUGGCAAAAUUGCAAUCACACAAAAUUGUUUUGCACGGUCUUUUCACGGUGACGUUUGUUGGUGAAUGAGACGUUUUGAGCUGUACUCGUGUUCGACGCACGUGAAUCGAAGAUGGCUCUGGCUGAAUGUGUGGUGUGAUGAUCCAAAAUCUGUGGAAAAUCUGCAGCAAUUUUGAAAAAUUGCAAGCUCCUCUGAAUAUUGUGGAGUUUGUUUCUGUGAUCGCAAAAUCCUGGAGGGUCUGAAAAGUGUCAAAUGUGGAAAUACUGUUUAUUUUCAGUAGGGAUGCACCGAUACCACUUUUUUUCAGACCAAGUACAAGUACUCACAUUUGGGUAUUUGCCUGUACCAAGUAAAGAUAUGAGUACUUCACAAUUAUACCAUUUUACAUCUGACUGCCACCACAUCAGCAACACUUUUCUGGGCCAAAAGACCCUCAUAACAGCCAGCUGGAGGGUGUGAAUGGCACAUGGCAAGCUAGGUAGUCCAGCAUCACUCAUAGCCUUGAUCAUGUUGUUGGCAUUGUCCCGCAACACAAUGUGAACAUAACUUUUCGGAAUGCCCCACGUCUGAAGCAUGUCAUCAAACGAACCUGCUAUGGCUUGGCCAGUCUGUGAACCCCUAAACUGCGUUGCUUGUAAAACGACUCUCUGGGGAGUAAAAUCCUCAAGAGACAUUGGGCCGACACUGCUAGUCCAAACACCAGUGGUGAAGCUGAAGGCCGAAAUGUCCUGCAACAGGUUCCUGAUGUGCUUUUUCACCAAGUCAUGCAGCUUUGGUAAUGCGGUAUCUGUAAUGUGGUGACGGCUGGGAAUCUCAUACUUCGGCUCAAGUACACCAAGAAGACGAUGAAAUCCUGUAUUAUCUACAACUGACAACGGUUGGUCAUCAAGAGCAAUGAACUGGCGUGAUCAGGUGGGCGUGGUUUUGGAGCGUGUGUGCGUGUCAAUCAACGGUCAGUGGGAUGGACUGACCAUUGACAAACAGCGAGACAGUGCCUUUCAGGUUUUCUGCUACUGGCCAUGCACAAAUUGUGUCAGCGAGAGUGAAAAAAGAAGAAAUGUCUGACAAGGGAUCCUGGCAGAGAUACCAAGUCUCUGUUUUCGGAUAUGCAGGGUAGCAUUAGCACGUCAAUUAACAGAGACAGAGAGUUCCUGCUAGCACUGACUGAAGCAGAGAACUACGGUGAAGACAAAAAGAAGGUUCGACUUGCUACAGUACCAAAUCAUCUGGAGAGUGAUGAUGAACCCGUUCAGCGACCGAAUUUAAUGAAAUUGUGAAAAUUUCUAUAAAAUUUCUCAUUCAAUAGUGUACCAACGUUAUUAAUAGGCACUGUUUCAAACAGGAUCAAAUGUUUGCUUGUCCAAAUAUAUCCAAAAAACCGAACGAUUUCCAUGGGGUGUACUUAUUUUUACAUAUGACUGUAAAUAUUGUAUACGUGGUUUUUUUAUGAUAUCUUUUUAGAUUAUAUUAAACACUUAAGCUCUUGAAUUUGAUUCUAUUGUAAGAUCUUAGAAUUUGGUUUAAAGUUCAUAAAAUAAAUGAUUAAUUGCUUCUUAA